UCCCCAGGGCAAGUCUGGCUGGCACAGCACGCAUCGUCCUCGACCUUCGCUCCAUCCAAGCCCUUCAGGGAGAGUACUGACCAAAGAGCAAAGCAGCUCCAUGAAAAACAGCAGGUGAAAAUUCCUGGCAGUUAAAACGGGGCAAAGAUUUUCGAGCCAUAAAGCUUGAAAGUUCCGCAGAUGUCUGGCUUUGUUGGCUGGGGAAACGCAGGCAGAAAAUCCACAAGAUACUCUCAGUCACGGUCUGGAUGUGCUGGUUGUGACAGAGCCUGGAAGAAAAUACAGAGAGACCCUGUCCUGAGGUUUGUUCAGUGACUCAGAAAGCAACAUGCUGCAUCUGAUGGUGUCAAAGGUGCUGGUGCUGCACACCUGACUGCUUUGAUCGCUGGAGGUCCCGGGCUGCCGUGCGGGGGCUUGGCCGUGCACGGGGCUCCCCAGCGUGCUUGCAGUGCCGUCACCGGGAGGAAUGCCGAAACCAAGGGGCUAAUGAGCACCAGAGAGGGAGGAUCUAUGACUUCCAGAUGGCAACGAGCCCAUAAUCCCUUUGGGAAGAAUUAGGGACUCGUCAACGCAGCAGAGCCUGCUGAAGAGAGCGAAGCACGACACCUCUGGCUCCAGGAGUGCUGUGAGAGGCUGAGGGCAUCCCAAUGCUGCCAGCACUGGACACCCUGCCCCGAGCUGCUUGGCUUCGAGUCACAGAGCUCUGGUGCUGCCGGGAGCCUGUCCCUGAGCACUGAAGUAAUUUUUGUUUUAACUGAUUGCAUGUUCUCCAACCAAACCCCAUCUGAGUCCUGCUCCUCCCGACGCAGAAAGGGACUUCUGCCCUUAACAGAGACUUCUUCCUUCUGGUUUUUAUGCCCUGUGGGAUUGUAAAGUGUCUUUCUACCUGGAUUUCAUUUCUCAUCAAAGUGUGUUUUGAGGAAUUAGGGGCUUUUUCCCAUGGCUUUAUAAACCUCUGGGAUCUGAGGGUUUCUACGUGGCCACUGCUCCCACCUGCCUGCGAUGGGGCGUGAGCAGGAGCUGAUCCAGGCCGUGAAGAACGGGGACAUACCUGGUGUGCAGAAACUGGUGGCCAAGAUCAAGGCGUCCAAGAGCAAGCUCCUGGGAUCUGCCAAGCGCCUGAACGUGAACUACCAGGAUGCAGACGGGUUCUCAGCACUGCACCACGCAGCCCUGGGCGGCAGCCUGGACCUCAUCUCACUGCUGCUGGAGGCACAGGCCACUGUGGACAUCAAGGACAGCAACGGGAUGCGGCCCCUGCACUACGCAGCGUGGCAGGGCCGUGUGGAGCCCGUGCGGGUGCUGCUCCGCGCCGCCGCCUCUGUCAACAUGGCCUCGCUGGACGGGCAGAUCCCGCUGCACCUCUCGGCACAGUACGGGCACUACGAGGUGUCGGAGAUGCUGCUGCAGCACCAGUCCAACCCGUGCCUCAUCAACAAGGCGAAGAAAACCCCGCUGGACCUGGCCUGCGAGUUCGGGCGGCUGAAGGUGGCCCAGCUGCUGCUGAACAGCCAUCUGUGUGUCGCUCUGCUGGAGGGACAAUCCAAGGAUGCCACUGACCCCAACUACACCACUCCACUGCACCUGGCAGCCAAGAAUGGGCACAAGGAGAUCAUCAGGCAGCUGCUGAAGGCCGGGAUCGAGAUCAACAAGCAGACAAAGACAGGCACAGCCCUUCACGAGGCCGCGCUCUACGGCAAAACAGAGGUUGUGCGGCUCCUGCUGGAGGGUGGUGUCGAUGUGAACAUCAGGAACACCUACAACCAGACAGCGCUGGACAUCGUGAACCAGUUCACCACCUCACAUGCCAGCAAGGACAUCAAGCAGCUGUUGAGAGAGGCAUCAGGAAUCCUGAAGGUCCGAGCUUUGAAGGAUUUUUGGAACCUCCAUGACCCAACUGCUCUCAACGUCCGAGCAGGAGACAUCAUCACGGUCCUGGAGCAGCACCCAGAUGGCCGAUGGAAGGGGCACAUCCACGACGCUCAGAAAGGCACCGACCGGGUCGGGUACUUCCCCCCCUCCAUUGCUGAAGUCAUCAACAAGCGGACAGGCAUGGUUGUCCCCCGUGUGGCACCCGCGCAGCAGCGCCAGGGUCCCCCUGGGGCCCUCCCAGCCCCCCCUGGGGGGCUGCAGCACCUCCCCGACGAGUGUCCACACCCGGCAGCCCCGAGUGGCCCAGCGGCCUUUGGUCACCUCACCCUAACCCGGACGGCCCCAGGCCCUGACAGCUCAGCAGGAGACAGGAACAGCGUGGGCAGCGAGGGCAGCAUUGGCAGCAUCCGCAGCGCCGGCAGCGGCCAGAGCACCGAGGGCACCAAUGGGCAGAGCACGAGCAUCCUCAUCGAGAAUGCCAGGCCUCUGCCCUCCACUGGUGACAACCUCCAGCAACACCUUUUGGGAUCAGAGCCACACAAUGGGACCUCCCCAGCAGGGCCACAGGGCCUCCAGACCCCAGGCAGCUGUCCCCCUGGAGACAGGGUCUUCUCCCACCAGUUCUUACGUCCUGAGCAGCUCCUCGAGGGGAAGGAUGCAGAAGCCAUUUACAACUGGCUGCGUGAGUUCCAGCUGGAGUCGUACACUGUCAACUUCCUCAACGCCGGCUACGACGUCCCCACCAUCAGCCGCAUGACCCCGGAGGAUCUGACAGCUAUUGGCGUGACCAAACCAGGCCACAGGAAAAAGAUCUCCACAGAAAUCGGGCAGCUCAGCAUCGCUGAGUGGCUGCCCAACUACAUCCCGGCUGACCUGAUGGACUGGCUCAGUGCCAUUGGGUUGCCCCAGUACCACAAAAAGCUGGUGAACAAUGGCUACGAUUCCAUCACCAUCGUGACAGACCUGACCUGGGAGGAUCUGCAAGAGAUUGGCAUCAACAAGCUGGGCCACCAGAAGAAGAUCAUGUUGGCUGUCAAGAAGCUCAGAGACCUCCGCAAAAGCCUCAACCAAGCAGAAGCAACUCUGGCUAGACGCAAAGUCCCCGGUUCCCUGGACAUUGUCACCAUUGAGUCACUGGAGAAUGGCGAGUGCCAGUCCCCACACACGCCCAAAAUGACAACCUUCCAGGACAGCGAGCUCAGCUAUGAGCUCCAGACGGCCAUGUCCAACAGCUGCCACGACACACUCGGCAUCAAGAGCAGCCAGGGAAUGUCACGGAGCCAGGAGAGCAUUGGGGUGCGGUCGCGGGGCUCAGGGCACUCACAGGACAAUGUGCUGUCCCGACGCCUCUCCAGCCCCUCGCAGGAGAGCCUGGGCAGCGGCGAGAGCAGCAGCAGCAGUGGGCAGUCCUGUGCGCCCCCCCGCAGCAAGGAGAGCCCGGCCAGCCUGCCUGGCUGGCCCAGCCCCGAGCCCUAUGGGAAGCUCGUGUCCCCCGAGGGGCUGAAUGGCUUUGCCAAUGGCAGUGGGGGCAGCCCUCUCAAGGAGAGGAACCUGCCUGAAGGCACGGAUCAGUACACACGGCCUGUGGCUCAGAAAGGAGCCGGGACUCCAGCAGUCACUCCCUGUACUCCUCCCCAGACUCCCAGCAAGGGGACAGCCCCCUACGUCUUCAUGUACCCACACGUCUCCCUGAAAUCCCCGACAGCCCCGUGUGUCCUGGGAGCGGAGCAGCCCAAGGCCCUGGCACACCCUUACCCGUCCAUCUCCCCUGGACAGAAGAGCAGCCUGCAGACAUCAGCCCAAAAAGGCUUCUCCUACCUGCACAGCCAGUGUGGCCCCACGGAGCCACCCACCACAGCCCCCACGGCCGGGGAGCAGCACAACGGGGGCGAAGGCUUGAAACACAAGAAGCGCUCGCACAGCCUGAACCGCUACGCGCUGUCGGAUGGGGAGCACGAGGAGGAGGAGGGGGCCCCCAGCAGCACCCUGGGCUCCUAUGCCACGCUGACACGGCGGCCGGGCCGUAGCCAGAUGCCACGGGCCUGUCUGCAGGCGGAUGCCAAGGUGACCCGCAGCCAGUCCUUCGCCAUCCGGGCCAAGCGCAAGGGCCCUCCCCCGCCGCCUCCCAAGCGCCUCAGCUCCGUGUCCAGUGCCCUCGCUGCCGAGGCAGACAGUGAGCAGCCCCCCAGCCCUGAGCGACAGCCCGCAGCCACUCAGGACGUGGUUGACACAGGUGUCACCCCCAGUGAUGCUGGCCGUGGCAGGACAGUGAAGAGCCUGGCGGCUGCGCUGGAGGGAACACCAGGUGUGAGUCCGUCCAAGCCCCUCCUGGCCCCAAAACCGCUGCACCUGACUCAGGACUGUCUCCCCCGGGCAGAUGAGGGGUCCCACAGUGGCAGUGAUGCCAGCAGUGUCACACUUUCCGAUGGCAGCAGGGACCCCUUUGAGAGCAGCAAGCCACGGAGACGGACAGUGAGUGAGCCCAGCGCUCCUAUGACGGAGGUGGCUGCACAGCCUGAGCAGGAGGAUGCCUGCUCAGACACAGAGGAGGAGGCCAAGCCAGGGGUCUCCUCUUCGUCCUCCCAGAACAGCUCCAGUGAGUGCAUCCCCUUUGCAGAAGAAGGCAAUUUAACCAUCAAACAGCGGCCAAAGCCCAGCGGCCAUUCCAAGGCCGACGCAGCCGUGCCAGACACGGAGCCUGGUUCCCAGCCGGCAGAGCCCCAGGGCUCCUCUGGGAAGGAGCCAGCAGCCCCUGCUGUGACCAAGGAGCCGCCUGUGCUGGAGUUCAACCUCACCGAGUCGGACACGGUGAAGCGCCGGCCGCGCUUCAGGGAGCGGGAGCCGCUGCAGGCGGUGCUGAAGGCGUUCAGCAUGGCGGGGCAGGCGGAGGCCGCGGGCACCCCCACAGCCCAGUACGCCCAGGCCCAAGCCGUGAGCAUCGCGGGCCCCCCCGCCCCAGCACUGGCACCACGGCCCACGCUGGCUGGGGAUGCCUUUGAUGAUGACAGCGUGGAGUUCAGGAUUGCUGAGAUAGAGAAAAGUAUCUUGUCGCUGGAGAAAGGGAUGAAGAAGGCCCCAAGCCCCACCAAAGCCCCCAGCCCCACAGAGCUGGUAGGCACGGCUGUGGUGAGGACACCCACUCCAGAUGUCCCUGCCAAGCACACCUCUGUGGCAUCCACCAAGCUCGUCUUCUCUGGACCCAAGACCAUCUACCAGCAGGUCCUGCAGCCCUCCCGCCACACUGUUGCUCCCUGGGCAGCCACCGAGGCAGUGCCAGAUGUGAUUGGGUCCCUGCCCGGCCCCAGCUCGCUGACACUGGAAACGGGCAGCAAGAUCUCAGCAAAGCCUUUGGCAGCUGCCCCGGGGGCCACCCUGGCCCAGCAGCGGCAGGAGCAGACCAGCUCCAGCCUGGCUGCCACGCUGCAGGCAGCCGAGAAGAUUGCAGUGGAGGAGGCAGAGAGCCACCCUGGGACCAUGCACUCAGCCAAGAACAUCUUGGAAGACAUCAGCAACAUGUUUGACGACCUGGCUGACCAGCUGGAUGCAAUGCUGGACUGAGGCUUGCUCCCUCCUUCCCCUCCCGCCUCUGGCUGCUCCAUCAGUGCCCCUGGUGAUGGGGGAAGAGCGGAUCUGGCACCAGCGGUGCCUGCAGGUCUCUGCAGCCGCCUCCCUCCCCACACUUUGCACUAUGGCUGGGAACAAAGCUGCUCUCCUUGCCCACCCCUGGCUCUGUGUCAGAUGUGACAGUGUGGCCUUGGGCCGGUUUCCGAGGGGGUCAGGCAUUUCCCACCAGACUGGCAGCAGGAGGAGAGCCCAGAGGGGCUGCACACGCAGUCCUGGAGGCCAUGGAGAAGCCCUUGCUCCCUUGCACAGAGCUGAGGAGCCUCCACAAGGGACCUUUCUCUUUCCCCACUGCAUUGUCGAGUCCUGCCUCUUAUUAUUUAUCCCCUGCCAACAAUGUGUCAAAGGAGAGACCUCCCCGGGCAGCCGCCACCGAGCUGGCGAUUCACUGUGCAGCCGCAGCCCCGGCCAGGCCUGACAGCAGCUAAAAGAAGACGGGGCUUGUCGCACUUUGGCAGCUUGCGGAGCGAGAAGGAACCUUUCUGCUUUAUUUGCCGCUUUUCCAAACGCGUCAGCGUCGGGCAGCGUGAAAUCCAAGUGGAUGGAAAUCCCUGCAGCAGGACCCACAGACCCCCGAGAUGGGGCUGGCACGGCCUGCAGAGCAGUGGAUGCUCUGCCACGGCCCUGCCGGACACGGGAGCCUUCCUGCCCCUUCCCAGAGUGCUGAGGAUGGUGAUGGCAGUGGCAAAAACCCGGGAAUUUGGGCCAGUCUGUCUGGAUCAUGCUGCUCAAUGGAGUUUGCCCUCUGCCCACACAAACCCCCACCCUGGUCUUCCCGGAGUGCAGUAGCAUGAUUAAUGCUUUUAAAUUUUUUUUUCUCCCCUCCCUUAUCCCUUUUUUUGGGAGAAAACAGUCCCUUUUCGCAGUGCCCCUCCCUGCGGGGAUCUGCUGGCACAAACCCCACGGUGAGCAUUGUUCAACAGUAGCAGCGUUUGGGACGUGAUCCUUCCUCGAGGCUCAGCAGCCCGGCGGGGGAGCUGACCCCAGAUGCACCGGGGAAUUCUGCUCAGGAGCAGCUCCUGCGUGCUGGACGUGGCCACAGCCCCUGGCUGCAGUGAGAGCUCUCAGCAUCCAGGCAGGAGGAGCGGCUGCAUCGCUCCCAGACAGAUUUCUCUCGCAGGAUCUGCUCACUAGUGCAUGGCUAAAUAUGUCCAAGAGCCCGGAACUUGGCUCGUGUUCGGCAUGCCAAGCAAAUGAAAGCAUCGGAGCACCAGAAGGGAACCAAAGAUUGUGCUGAAGUGCCAUUUGCUACAAAAAUUACAAAGGGAAAGAAAAUUCCACUUACUUCCCUUUAAAAAUAAAACUAAACAAGAAAAAAUCAUCAAUGCAAAACCAAACUGGAGGGAGAAGGUGGCUGAGAAGGCAGUUGCUUCCCAAUCCUUUGGGAGUCUGCAGCUGGGUUGGACUGAUUGCAGCCCCCUGUGCUGUUGCAUAGGAAGGGGAGCAAAGCCCACCUGAACAUUCCUGAAAGUCUCUGCUCCUGAGGGCAGCUAUGCCGUGGGCUGGGCAGGCAAGAGGUGCCAGCCUGGUUUCUGGGCUGAAAAGCAAAAACAAAAAGCCCUGAAAAAAAACUAAAAUCCCAUCAUUGUCCUGGACUUGAGGUCAGUGUGAGGCGGGUAAGGACACUUCUUCCCUAGCUCUGAUUUCUGUCCCACACUGAGUGUAUCCACUACCUGUGUCCGAGUGCCACAUCAUGGACUUGAUGUUUUCAAAUAGCUACAACCAGUGGCACUUUUAAAAGGUUUCUGUGAACCUCUUUAUAAACUGAUUUUUACUCUCAUGAGUCAACCUGGGACAAGCCCAGGUUUUUUUUUUUUUGUUUUGUUUUUGUAUAUUGAUAAACUGUAAAUGUUUUGGUUUUUUUUUAAAGGCCAAUGUAUAUAUUUAAAAUGUGAUUAAUUCUAUAUAUUUACUAACCAGAACUGCAAGUCUUGGGUCAGGGAUAAGAGGACACUGGGGUGGAGCUGCCACUGUCUGAGCCACCUGAGGGCAGCAGAACGCUGCUCUCAUUGUCAAUAAGGGAACUAAACAUUUGAUUUUGCAGAAGAAUGCCUAUUUUUUGAGCUCUAGAUCUCUAUUUUGAAGCUACUGUAUGGUGUGUAAGUUAUGUACACUGCAACAGGGACUAACUGACCCCAGCUGCACCUGCUCCGUGCAGCGAGACAGUGAGGGGAAAAAAUAGCCCGUGUAAUCACCAGACUGACAACAGAUUUUAAACCAUCUGCUCUGUUUGUGUUAAUCAUGUGUUUUGUUUUCCACUAACAUCCAUUAAGACUAAAUUCUAUUAAACAGUGGGGCAUAUUUUACCCUUUUGAUA